CCAGUUUUGGAAUCCUAACUUCCGAAACUAUGAAGUUGCGAUCAGGAACUUCUAAAGGAGAAGGAAAUGGUGAUGUUGAUGCAUCUAGUGGGAUGGACCCUGGGAUGGAUUCCAGAGUAAUCACAAUAUUUGGGAAAAAGUUUAACUUCGUUAUUCUUGUGACCCACUUCAACAUUUUCCUGUAUGCUGCCUGCUUUUGGAUCCAAACGGGAACUCUGCCAUACUUGACUAAGAAGCUGGGUGUAGAUGCAGUUAUCUAUGGUUACCUCCAAACAACUUUUGCUGUUGUUCAAUUAUGUGGAGGGCCUCUGUAUGGCAGAUUUGGGGACUUAUUUGGAGGUCAAGCUGCCCUAGUUUUAGCAUUUGGAGCUGCAGCGAUAUCUUAUGCCAUACUUGGUGUCUCAUACAGCAUUCCAGUUCUGUUUCUUUCCAGACUACCUUCAGUCUUCAUGCAUGCUAUGCAAGGUGGCCAGAUGGUAGUAACAGACAUGGCAGAUUCUAAAAAUAGAGCUGAUGCCCUUGGGAAAUUGGGUUUAUCUUAUGGUAUUGGCAUGGUUGUUGGACCAUUUAUUGGUGGCUUGGUGACCAAAUAUUCCAGUGAACAAACUGCAGCUUUAGUCGCAGCAGCAGGAUCAGUGCUCAGUAUUCUUAUCGUGCUUAUUUUUAUCCCUAAACAAACAAAGAUGGCACAUGUUGAAGUAAAAGCAUCAGAGAAGUCUGCCAGCAGUAUAUUCAGUAUAAAGAAGAUUAUGAGCCUCUUGGCACAGCCUGGUGCUUUAGUUCUACUGACAGUGAAAGCUGUAUCAGGUGUUCCAAUUGGAAUAUUCCAGAGCAUGUUUGCUAUUCUUGCAAUGGAGAAGUUUGGACUUGCACCAGAACAAAAUGGCUUUAUGAUGUCAUAUGUGGGAGUAAUAACUAUGAUUAUGCAAGGAUUUGGACUUGGCAUUUUAACUAAGAGAUUUAAAGAGAUGUCGCUCAUCACCUUAUCAUCUUUUGUGCUUGUGUGGGCCUACCUGUUAUUGGCAUUUGUGCAAGAUGUCACUCAGCUGUGUCUUGUCAUGUUUCCAUUGUGCUUCGGUCUUACAAUCAAAAAUGUGAUCAUAAGCAGUGCUCUAACCCAUACAGUCCCCGAUGAAGAUACAGGUGCCAUGCUAGGUCUGAAUAUGGCAGUGAACUCAUUAAUCCGUACAGUUUCGCCAACAGUAGGAGGCAUAAUGCUUAACACAUGGGGUUACCCAUCUUUUGGAUAUGUAGGAUUUGUCGCGAGCUCUCUAGUCUUCAUAUAUCUAUAUUUUAUACGAAAAGAACCUAAAGACAGCAAUAUACAUGUAUCGCAUACAACUUAAUGAUUCCAAAUUGUAUAAUACAUUGUACACAGGGUGCAUCAUCAUGACAAUAUAUACAGAUUUUGAACAAAGGCUGUUUUUUAUUAAUUCUGGUGAAAAAGAAGUUGGGAGGUUUUUCUGUUGACUUUCUGACGCUUGAUAAUGAUACAUGGAUCAUUACAGUGUACACUGUACUAAACCUGACUAAACCACAAGUAAACAAUCUACUGUCAUCAAUUUUCAUUUUUCAGUGGGAGAAAAAAAGUCAUCACUUCUUGUAAAUCAGAAUUUUGGGAAAAAGUCAGUCUUAGAAUUAAACGCCUUUGAUUUUAAAAUGCAGUUUAAUUUAACAAAACAUUCUAUACAAUACUAUCUCCUACUGUGCAGUUAUUACUAUUGUUAUUAAUAUCAUUGUAUUUAUAUUUACAAUGUUUAAUUCAUAAUUUUGAGAUUACCUCUCAUUGAGGGAGCUUUUUAUUACUAUCCGAUACUUAUAGACAUUGACAUUUAAGCUGAUAAACGCACACCAUAGGCUUUUAUUGGAGUCAAGUAUUCCUACGUUCAUAUAUAUAUGUACAUGUAAUUAAUUAAUCUCAUACAGGUAUUGAACUUGAACUCGAAGACCUCUUUCAUGAGUGAUUUGUAAAUGAGAGAUUUUAGUUUGUUGGUAGCUUCGGCCAAGUCGGUAUUUUUUACUUAUGAUAUCUGAUCUUGAAUUAUUACCG